GAUCGUGGCUGUGGCGGUAGCGACUGAGGCGGCAGUAUGGAGGGCGAGAGCACGUUGGGGGUGCUGUCUGGCUUCGUGCUCGGCGCGCUCACCUUCCAUCAUCUCAACACAGACUCAGACACGGAAGGUUUUCUCCUCGGUGAAAUGAAAGGUGAAGCCAAGAAUAGCAUUACUGAUUCACAGAUGGACAAUGUUAAAGUUGUUUAUACAAUCGACAUUCAGAAAUAUAUUCCAUGCUACCGGCUUUUUAGCUUUUAUAAUUCUUCAGGUGAAGUAAACGAACACGCACUGAAGAAAAUUCUUUCAAAUGUCAAAAAGACUGUGGUGGGUUGGUAUAAAUUCCGUCGUCACUCGGAUCAGAUAAUGACAUUUAGAGAGCAGUUGCUCCACAGAAACUUACAGACGCAUCUUUCAAGCCCAGAGCUUGUUUUUCUGUUGUUAACACCAAGUAUAACAACAGAAAGCUGCUCCACGCACUGCCUGGAACACGCCUUAUAUAAACCUCAAGGGGGGCUUUUUCAUAGGGUACCUUUGGUGGUUACCAAUCUGGGAAUGUCUGAUCAACUGGGUUAUAAAACAGAGUCUGCUUCCUGUACGUCUACUGUCUUUAGCAGAGCUGUAAGGACACACAGUUCUCAAUUUUUUAACGAAGAUGGAUCAUUAAAGGAAGUACAUAAGAUAAAUGAAAUGUACGCUGCUAUACAGGAAGAGUUAAAGAGUAUAUGCCAAAAAGUUGAACAAAGUGAACGAGAAGUAGAGAAACUAUUGAUGGAUGUAAACCGGUUAAAAGAAGUUAGAAAAAAGCAGCAAGCACAGACUGAAGCAGCAGGAGAGAAGAUUCUCCAAGAAAAUCCCCAGGAGAACAUUCUUCUUUGUCAAGCUUUACGAACGUUUUUCCCAGAGUCUGAAGUUCUUCAUUCUUGUGUUAUUUCUUUGAAAAAUAGACAUAUUUCUCCCAGUGGGUGUAACAUUAACCACCAUCUUGAUGUGGUAGAUAAGCUGACUUUGAUGGUGGAGUGCGUUUACAGCCCUGCAGCCAGUCCAGCGCCUGCAGCUCAGCCGAGUAAACGCAAAGCUCCAGACACACACGACCAGUGGUCUGUGAAGAAGCCACGGCUGCUAGAGACAGAGAGCAGACCCGUGACAGCACCCCGCAGAAAUCACCAAGACAAAGCAUCCUCAAGCAGCCUAGAUAUAGACACAGAGAUGGGGAGCCCGGAAGACGAUGCUGACUAUCCGCGCUCUCCCACAUUUUGAUUCUUUUUAUUUUUUUUUUUUUGACUUUUUUUUUUUUUUUUUUUGACAUUUUUUUUUUUACUAGACUGAGGUUUAGGGCACUUCUUUUAUUUUUCCUUUUUGCCUCCUGGAGUAAUACAUAGAAAAGCUCAUGUUUUUACUCUAUUCAGCUGUUUGUAAUACAUGGAUAUUUUUAUAGUUCAACUGCUUAUAAUAUAUAGAACAUUCUUCAAGUUGGGAAGAGAAGCUUCACAACAUGGAAAGCAACAUAGAUGUUUGUAAACCUUGGCCUCGGACUUUGUUCAGCUGGCACGGACAUCUGUUAUCAAGACUGAUAACCUGAGUUGGAUUUCUGAGACUCCCACAGUGAAGGAAAGAACCCACUCCCACAGGCUCUUCUGACUUCCACACAUAUAUGACCAUGGCAAAUACAGGAAACCCCCAUAAAUAAAUGUAGUAAAAAUUUUAAGGUUUGUAAAAUCUUAUUUUUAUCUAAGUUUUUAAGAUUCUUACUGAAGAGAGAGCCCAGCAUUUAAGAGUGCUUGAAGUAUGGUUCCCAGCACUCACGUCAGGCAGCUCACCACCACCUGUCACUCCAGCUCUAGGAGAUCCAGUGCCCUCUAGUGCCUUCCUCCAGAGCACACACACACACACACACACACACACACACACACACACGUGCACACUCACACAUACAUGCACAUGCACACACAGGAGAAACAUAAAAGAAGAGCUCUCAUUUAAAGACGACAGCAUAUUGAGGUGGACUUACUGGUAGCAUCUAUAUGCAGCUCCUAUUCAACAGGUUCGGGCUAGAUGACUACUUGAGCUCAGGGAAUCUCAGAAACUGUCCUUGUAUAUGUAUUUGUCUUUUCACCUGUUUUAUGAAGUGUACACAUAGUAUCUUCAUGUUCAGUCAGUGGAUGUGAACACUGUACACUCCACCCUUGGUCUUCCACUUGUUGCUUCCUAGAGUAGCUACAUAAGACACAGAUGGCAGUGACACUUUGAUCUGGGUGUUGAUAGGCACUGAUUAUGUGGGGUCUGAAGCCUACCCAGGGGAUGUUUCACUGGUGAUGUAAGUGAAUUGGUGCUGUGUGGGGCAGGAAAAAGAGAGCCCCAGUUGUCAAUUGAGCCUACUCACAUCACAGGUGACUGGAAGCAGAUUGUACACAUCAUCCUUCCUGUAAGAACACUAUCUGUUUAAGGAUAGGCUGGUCCAGUAUCAAUCCCAGUGUUCGUCUCUGCAUAGAGAACCCUGUUACUAUCAGGUUCAAUAAACAUUUACUUGUCAGUUGUCCUCUGACAUGUGCCAAGUACACAGUGUUGUUCCAUUUAAACCUGGGCAUAGUGGUGUGCACAUGGAGUCCUAGCACUGACGAUGCAGAGGUAAGAGGCUCCCUGCUGCUUGUUAGUUAGCUGGUUUAGCCUAUGUGAAUUUUACAUUCGGUGGAGACACAUUGAGGAAGACACCUCAUAUCAACCCCUGGCCUCCAUAAACUCCUGUGCACAUUGCACAAACAAAAACCAAAAUGACUCCAAGCAAAUUUAAUGCCACAGUCAUUCACGUGGGAUUCAAACAAACACUCUGCCUUUCUAGAACCAUUCCCUAAAACUAUAAGAACAAAAUCUAGGCUGGGUUGGAAUUGUAAUAGAAGCCCUCUCUUAAUAAUCUGUACUACAUAAGUAAGUUGUGAC